AUGGAGAAAACUGAGGAAAGCGUCGGAAUCAGAGUUUACACGACGGCGACUCCGCCGCAAAAACCAUCACCACCACCACCGUCUCGUUCACCAAAACCCGUCUUAAUCUCUUCACUUCCCACACUUCCUGCCGGAGCCGCCGCAGGAGGAGGAAGAGGUCGAAAACGUCGCAUGGUUGCUCAAGGAGUGCAAAAAACGGUUUCGAAAACAUCAAUACUCGUAAACUUCCUUCCGACAGGAACACUCUUGAUGUUCGAAAUGGUUCUUCCGUCAAUAUACCGUGACGGAGAUUGUAACGGAAUCAACACGCUCAUGAUCCAUCUUCUCUUGCUUCUUUGCGCAAUGUCUUGUUUCUUUUUCCAUUUCACCGAUAGUUUCAAAGGAUCCGAUGGGAAGAUCUAUUACGGUUUCGUGACGCCACGUGGACUCGCGGUGUUCAUGAAACCGCCACCACCGGAGUUUGGAGGCGGAGAUGUGAUUGCGGAAGCGGAGAUUCCGGUGAGUAAUGAGAGGUAUAAGUUGAAGGUGAAUGACUUUGUUCAUGCAGUGAUGAGUGUUUUGGUGUUUAUGGCGAUUGCGUUCUCGGAUCGAAGAGUAACGGGUUGUUUGUUUCCGGGGAAAGAGAAAGAGAUGGACCAAGUUAUGGAGAGUUUUCCAUUGAUGGUCGGAAUUGUUUGUAGUGCUUUGUUUCUUGUUUUUCCGACCAAUCGAUAUGGUGUUGGAUGCAUGGCUGCUUGA